AUGACUGAUCCCAUGGAGCUUGACGAGCCAAGAGGCACCAAACGAAAGGAACCAUCGUCUCCAGAUGAAUACGCUCCCCGCCGAAUCAAGGCACUAGAUCCAGACGUUGUGAACAAGAUUGCUGCCGGCGAAAUCAUCGUAGCUCCAGUACAUGCUUUGAAAGAAUUGAUCGAGAACGCGGUUGAUGCAGGUUCGACCUCUCUAGAAGUGCUGGUUAAAGAUGGCGGUCUCAAGUUAUUGCAGAUCACCGACAAUGGUCAUGGAAUUAAUAAAGAGGACUUGCCAAUUCUGUGUGAGAGAUUCACCACAUCUAAACUCAAAAAAUUUGAGGACUUGAGCAGUAUCUGCACUUAUGGCUUCCGGGGUGAGGCUCUCGCCAGCAUCAGCCACAUUGCUCACUUAACAGUAACUACAAGGACUAAAGACUCUAAUUGUUCGUGGCGAGCGCAUUUCGAUGGCGGUAAGCUAUCGCCUGCAAAACCCGGGCAGCAGCCCGACCCCAAACCUAUUGCUGGGCGAAUUGGCACUCAGAUAUCAGUUGAGGACUUGUUUUACAAUGUCCCAACGCGACGUAAAGCCUUUAGGUCGGCUUCCGAUGAAUACAACAAGAUCAUUGAUAUGGUGGGACGUUAUGCCAUUCACUGCAGUGGUGUCGCUUUCUCAUGUAAGAAACAUGGCGAUUCGGGUACAUCGAUCACGGUGCAACAGCAAGCUUCUACAAUAGACCGUAUUCGUCAGAUUCACGGCAGCGCCGUUGCGAGUGAGCUGAUAGAGUUCUCCGCGUCCGAUGACCGCUGGGGCUUUAAGGCUUCAGGAUGGGCAACAAAUGCCAACUACCAUAUCAAGAAAACGACCCUCCUUCUUUUCAUCAACCAUCGUAGUGUUGAUUCAUCUAACAUCAAGAAGGCGGUGGAACAGACAUACUCUGCCUUCCUUCCUAAAAAUGGACAUCCAUUCGUUUACCUAAGCCUUGAAAUUGACCCUCAACGAGUCGAUGUCAAUGUCCAUCCAACGAAGAAAGAAGUUAACUUUCUGAAUGAGGAUGAGAUCAUCCAAUCCAUUUGUGAAAAUAUCCGAGAUAAACUAGCAGCAGUUGAUACGAGUCGCACAUUCUUCACACAGACUCUACUCCCCGGUUCUAUGCUUUCCGAUGCCUCUCAACCAGACGUGAACAGCUCUUCUGUUAAAACACCGGGCGGUCCAAAAAAAACACUUGUGCGGCCCGAUGAACGCAACAUGGUUAGAACGGAUGCUUCGCUACGCAAGAUCACCAGCAUGUUCUCUGUGGCAUCGCCAUCGCCAGCAUCUCGUACAUCGAGUAAUGCCGCGCCCGAUAUAGGCCACGAACCGGUUUAUGAAACAACUGACCGUGAGCCGAUUCUCUGUCGACUCACUAGUGUGCGCGAACUUCGCUCCGCCGUUAGAGACGAUAUGCACCACGAGCUCACCGAGAUAUUUGCUAAUCAUACCUUCGUGGGUAUCGUAGACGAGAGACGCCGACUCGCCGCCAUUCAAGGAGGCGUCAAACUCUUCCUUAUCGAUUACGGUAGAGCGUGUUUCGAGUAUUUUUACCAGGUUGGGCUCACUGAUUUUGGCAAUUUCGGUGUUAUAAAAUUCCAGCCUGCGCUUGACCUACGUGAAGUUCUCAAAAUUGCGGCCGAGCAGGAAAAAGCUGCCGCUACGGACGAUGAAUUUGAUGUAGGCGACGUUGUGGAUACGGUAGCAGAACAGUUGAUCGAGAGAAGGGAAAUGUUGCUGGAGUACUUCAGCCUUGACAUAUCUCCAGCCGGCGAGCUAUCAAGCAUGCCACUUCUCCUGAAGGGUUACACGCCAUCUAUGGCGAAAUUACCGCAAUUUCUUCUCCGCCUUGGUCCCCAUGUAAAUUGGACAGACGAGAAGCUGUGUUUCGAAACAUUCCUCAAGGAAUUAGCAACAUUCUAUGUCCCAGAGCAGCUUCCGACGCUCCCGAGUAACGAUGAGACUGAGGAAGAUAUCCCCGAUGAGAUCAAAGCAAGAAGAGAACAGAUCCGACGCGCAGUAGAACAUGUCUUCUUUCCGGCAUUCAAAGCAAGAUUAGUAGCGACAAAGUCGUUCAUGAAGGGUGGUGUACUUGAGUUGGCGAGCCUUAAGGGUCUUUAUAGGGUCUUCGAACGUUGUUGA